AUGACGGAUACGGCUCAGAAAACGAAACGGAUUGUCUCCGUUAUCGCGGCGACACUGGUGGCUCUUGCUUGUGGUACAAAUUAUGCGUACUCAGCAUGGGCGCCGCAAUUCGCGCAGAAGAUGAAGCUUUCAUCCACCCAAAGCAACCUAAUAGGAGCUUCCGGUAACCUGGGAAUGUAUGCAUGUGGUGUUCCAAUGGGUCUUUUGACAGACAAUCGCGGCCCUCGACUCACAACUCUAAUUGGAGCUGUAGCUCUUGGGCUUGGAUACUUUCCUCUUCAUCUCGCUUAUAACGGCGGCGAAGGGUCUAUGGGUGUUUUCUUCUUGUCAGUCUUUUCCUUCCUGACUGGUUUCGGGAGCUGCUCUGCCUUUGGUGCCUCGAUCAAGACCGCUGCUACGAACUUCCCUGAGCAUCGUGGUACGGCGACAGCCUUUCCUCUUGCUGCGUUCGGGUUGAGCGCCUUUUUCUGGUCGACCACGUCGGCUGUUCUGUUCCACAGUGAUACUGGCCGGUUCCUUCUUUUGCUGGCCCUUGGCACUUCUCUCAUCAACCUUUGCUCAACCCCAUUCAUGCGACUCUUAGCCCCUGCUCCUGCUGCGCCAUACAUUUCGGUUUCUCGGCCGCGCUCUGUGGAAUCUAGGCCGCUGCGCAGGCCCAAGUCCACCGAGCUACAGUCUGAUUUUGGGGACUCAGAUGAAGCAGGUAUGCAUACUUCUACUACUAUCUUCUCUCAAUCGGCGGUUCAUUCCAGAACACACUCCGCCGCAUCACAAUCCCAUAUCAACGGCAACGGUCCGGACUUCGAUGAGCUAUCAUCCCUGGUCUCCAAAACGCCAUCCAGAUCGUCCCAGGAGUUCUUCCAUGAGCGUCCCGCGGAGGAGGAUGACGAUGGAUUUUCUGACGUUACUCCGGAAUCACAUCACCCAGACAUCAGAGGAAUGGCAAUGCUCCGUAAGGUCGAGUUCUGGCAGCUUUUCCUGACCAUGGCGCUUCUUUCUGGCAUCGGUUUGAUGACUAUCAACAACAUUGGCAAUAGUGCCAAAUCGCUCUGGGAGCACUACGACGACAGUGCAUCACCUAAGUUCAUACAAGAACGACAAAUCAUGCACGUUUCGAUACUUUCGUUUGGCAACUUUGCUGGCCGGCUUUCUAGCGGCAUUGGCUCCGAUAUCCUCGUCAAGAAAUUCAACAUGUCGCGGUUCUGGUGCCUCUUCAUUUCCUCGGCGGUCUUUACUCUCACCCAACUCGCAGGCGCAUCGAUCUCCAACCCGCACCAACUGGCCAUCGUCUCGGCCUUUACCGGCAUUGCCUACGGUUUCCUCUUCGGCGUUUUCCCGUCACUAACUGCCCACACAUUUGGCAUCAAUGGUCUCUCGCAGAAUUUCGGCGUGAUGACCAUGGCACCCGUGUUGAGCGGUAACAUAUUCAACUUGUUCUACGGGGCCGUUUACGACCACCACUCCAUCGUUGACCGCAACGGAGACCGAGACUGCCCUGACGGGCUCUCGUGCUACCAGUCCGCAUACUACAUGACCUUUUUCUCUGGAGUUGGUGGAAUCAUUGUAUGCUUGUGGAGCAUUUGGCGCGACGGACGGCAUGCGCAUGCCCAUGCUAAGCUUGAGCAUGAUAGACUCGCUUGA